AUGCGAUUGACGAGGUAUCGUUCCAGAAGCAUUGCAUAUGUUCAGACUAUGAAUGAGCGAGUGGAUCAUUUCGUUGGGACUAGGUUUUCUGACAACGAUGUGCUGGAUUUCUUAGUUAAUGGAGUCUUUCAUCGUCGAGGCGGAGCUGUUGCAGAUGACAAAAGUCCUCUGCUCGCCUACACCAGUCGUCGAGCAGACAAUGUCUCCUCCAAAAGCGGUUCAGAGUUUGGGCCCAACUCACCGGUCAACUGUCUGCUUCCAGCCCAAUCCACCACACCGAGAGGUCUUCAACCGGUCCUGCAAUCCAGUCUGGCUGUGUCGUUGGUCAACACACAGUCGGCGACUACAGUCUCCCAAAUAGACCCCAGGACAGAAUCGGAGCCGGCUGUAGCCUACAUGGAGAUGACACCUUUCAACGGUCGCCUUCCCUGCGGACCGCAGCACAAGCCGUCACUAGAAGAGCCGAAAAACGGGAGUUCAGAACACCCGUUUUCAGACCUAGUGGGACUGAGCCAUGCUGGAGCCUUGAAGGAGGAUCACGUCAGAAAAAGAGAAAUUAACUCUAUAAAUCUGGUCAGGUGGGCAGUAACACGUUAUUUCUUCAAGGUGUAG